GCCAGGCGGUCGUAUUAAUCGCUAGGUAACUACUGGCUCAGUAGGUUAUGUUUUAUAGAAAGUAAAAACAGUUUUACAGUCAUUUCACCAGGACCCAUUGUAAUUCGUCUAUAAUAAGUAUAAUUUGUAAAAGCAAAUUGUCUUAACUAGCUAUUGUGGUGGCUACUUUGGCUAGUCUAAAAAGAUUAACGUUAGCUAGCUAGUUAGCUAAGAUAGCUAUCAAGGUAAUGUGAGCUAGCGGCAUUAUUCUUCAGUGUGAUUAUUUGCUAGAUACAGGUUAUCAUAAUAUUUAUCACAUCUGUUCCCGAUGAAACCUCAAAUUAAGUAUUUGCGAAGUGAACAUUUAAGAUAGCAGUAGUGGUUAAACGUUAGUUAGCUAUACAUAUCAAAGGCUGACUUAGGCAGUCAGCCAGUACGUUAUGCUAAACUAAUUGGAUCUUGUAGAUGUCUACAAGGGAGAUACUGCAGUUGUGUGUUUCGCUAACUAGCUAGCUAGAUGACUGAAAUCGCUCAUGGACGAUUCAGACCAGGACUUUUCUGUCCUCUGCUCCCGGCUCCUGAAAAGAGUGCGACGAAAAGGCGAGUCUGGCGACGACAAGACAGUAGCAGCCAAAGAUGAGGAAUCGGAUUCUCACGUCCAAAACACGGCGGCAGACGUCGUGUCGUCUAAACGUAAAGCUCCCUCUAAAAGGAAAAGACACAAUGAUCAAAACGAUAGGCCGCUGCACGCUAAGGUGACGGGUAAGACCCAGCCUGAUCGCCUAACAAAUAGAAGUUCACAGCUCACUAUGGAUGUAGCAGUGAGCACGGACGCAGAAGGGGCGGGAAGUUCCUCUGUCGGAGAAGUUAAGGAGAAGGUGCUCCGGCGAAUGAAGCGCUUUAAGAGAGCCAGUCCACCUCGCCUCCUGCACAAUGAAACACCUCCUCAUCCUCCACCAGGGCCCCUCGAUCAGCCAGAGAGCGAUGAGCUCGUGGCUCUGCGGCUGCAGGAGCAGUUGGACCGUGCGGCCCAGGCGGAGGUGCAUGUGGAGGAGGGAGGUCUGUUCUUCUGCCAGCUCUGCCACAAAGACCUGUCAGCCAUGAGCCCUCGUUUGCGCACACAGCACAUCAACAGAUGUCUGGAUAAGAGCGAGAAUGCUUCUGGAGUUCUUCAUCCGGCCCCGCUUCCACCUCCUUCCCGCCCACGGCUGCCUGAGUGUCCUAUCUGUGGGCGAGGGUUUAAAUCUGAAAAGAGUCGCUCUGUCCACCUAAAGCGCUGCGCAGCCAGUAUGGGCGUGUCUCCGGCUGAGCUGCUGCACGCCCUACAGAGACAGGCUGCUGAAAGUUUGAGUGACAGUGCAGCUAUCCAAUUACAGCAGGCGGGAGGCAAUAGGAUGGCAGAGGCAUCCGGCCUGCCUGUGAGGAAGAAGACAAGGAGGAAAGCCCCGUGCAUGGAUGAGGACACCAUGGUGGCUCUGGCCCUGUCUCGCUCUCUGCUGGAGCAGGAGAAGGAGCGAGAGAGAGACAGGGAGGAGGAGAGACAGAUCCAGGCACAGCUGUCAAGCUCCCCUGCAGCUGUAGCUGCACCUCCACCUCCGGUCCUAAAGUGGAGACCUGCAGCAGGUACGCGACGGGGGAAAAGGAGGAAAAGUGUACCCGCCUCUCCCCCACCCCUCCUUCUGGUGCAGGACCCCCAGACGGCUUGCCGUCGAAUCCAGGAACGCAUCUCCUCCCUGCUGCUCCACCCCAGAACCCCCACUCCGCCCACCCCCACCCUGCCCCCUUCCAAGCUCCCCACACGCGCACACAGCACCCCCAUCUGGCUCAAGAGUGCACUGCCCGGAGGAGGGCCAGACUCAUUGUGUGAGUUUUACAUUCCAGAGCUGGGAGCAUUCAUACAGCCAUGGAUUGGAUCUGAGAAAAAGCCACCUGUGUGCUCUGAGAAAACUCCACAGAAGCAGCGUCCUGUACCCACCACCUCACAGCCUGCCUCCACUCCACUCUCCCUGGACCAGAGAGCAGCUGAGCGCCAUUCUACCCCUGCUAGCCUCACCCCAGACCUGGGCAUGCCCGGCACGCAGGCCCUGCGCGACCUGGUGGAGCUGGCGGAGGAGGGCAUGACCCUCACCCAGUGCACAUGCCCAGAUCCAGAAGCUGCUGUGGCUGAACUUCCUCCAAGUGGUUUUGUCCCUGAAACUGCAGAGACCACAGCGCCGUCUACAAACACAGUAACCUCAGUGACUGUGUCCAGGCUGUGCUCUGAUCUGGGCAGUAUGGUGAACAACCCACAGCUCAGUGAUGUACAGCUGCAGGUGGACAGUGGGGAAGUCUACUUCGCUCACUCAUUCAUGCUAUACACUCGCUGCCCUCUGCUGGUUAACAUGGUCCAUAAUGCAGGUUUCGGAGUGCGGGAGGAGGAUUUGCCCCAUGCCCACAGGGUGCUGUUGGGUGAUGUGCCAGGAGAGGCAGUCUAUGCCCUGCUGCAUUACCUCUACACUGCCUGUUGCCCCCUCACACACACUCUUUUACCCCACAUACUUCAGCUAGCCAACAGGUUUGGCCUGUCUGAGCUGCAGCAGCAGUGCGAGCUAUACAGCAGACAUCCGGAGGACCCAGGGGAGGAGGCGUGGGAUGUCUGCCCAGCCCAGGAGUCUUCUCCUGGGCCACAGCACAGCUUGGCUGAGUCCCAGUUCCUGGAGCUCCUACGGUCCAUGUGGCAGCACAAUGAGAGUGAUGGCGAGGAGUUUGGAGAGGCAGGGGGAGCGGCAGGAGAGGCAGAGGAGGAGGAACGCGAUGGUGCUGAUGGAGAGAUGAAGGAAGAGAGAGUGGACGAGGAGGAGCUGGAGGAGAUUUACGAGUUUGCAGCUACACAGAGGAAGACGGAGCUCUCAGCUGAGAUGGCUAUGGACAGCAAUGAUGAGGAGGAUGAAGGGGUAAAUAACGGCUUCAAACAAAUGCAACGUGCUAAAGGAGAAGAGGAGGCCAACUCCAGUUGCCAUAGUUACAGACUUGGAGAGGGUGGGGAUGUGGCUGCCAUGGUAACAAGUCCCUCGGACAUGCACCAUACCCAGGGUCCGCAUGCAGCUGUUCAUUUAGGCACUAGUACCCAUGCAAGUCCAGAAGGAUGUCCGGAAGCCAGCCCAGACAGGAGCUACAGCCAUCUGUUUUCCCAGUCAUGGGGGGAGUACGCAGAGCCAUCUCAGACCUCUACCCCUCCACCUCCGCCUGCUGACCAGGCUAACGCACCCGGCGAGGUGAUUGACCUGUCCGUCAGCCCAGCAGCGGAGGGUUCCGGAGAGAUGAGCGAGUUGUCCCUCCCUGUGGCCGGUGUGUCUCCAGGUGAUGGAGAAGGAGAUGGUGCAGAGCAGAGCACAGGGGGCAAACCAGCUUUGGAUCACCAGAGUCAGUGUCACAGCACCACCACUCCUCUUCCCCCUUCAUCCGCCAAUAGUCCUCUGUGUAGGCACUCAUCCUCAGGACACAUGAGAACCUGGUCCAAACACUCAUCUAAAGGGCCCAGUGUCAGCCAGCCCGAACCACUCUGGUUAGUACGUGGUUCCGGGCCUGAUGUCAACCCUUCAGGACCCAACUGUAACCAACCUGAGCUCAUCGUCCUCUCUGACAGCAGCGAUGACAUGGAUCUCGAUACCGCUUCUGGCAAGGUUUCUCCACACGGGUGCGCCUUCACACCACCUUCCCCAUCUCCUCUAAGACUCAGUCAAAGCCCCACUCAGAUUAGAGCUAAAGACAGGGUGGAGGUUAACCUCUCUCCUAAAAGAACAAAUAUGACUGACAAUAAUGCAUCUGUGCAUGUAGAGGGUCACAAAUCUGACCAAUCAAAGGGCAGUCUGUGUGGCUUAGGUAGGGAGAGCAUGAUGGAUGGCUCUGCUGAGGUUUCCUGGUUGAUCCCAGCGACUCCAGAACCUUCCACACGUACCAGUUCCACACAGACCCACUGCAGCAUGCGUCCCACUCAACUCUUCCCCAAAGCUCUGUCUUCAAUCUCCUCCUCCUCGUCUUCCGCCCAUGACAUCUCCAAAGAGACGUGUCGCUCUGCACGCGCACACUCUAGCUCUCUCAGAGAAAGAGUAACUUCCUGGAAAGCAUGUCCAGAUCAGUGUUCUCCUAGACAAUGUUCCAGCCCUGGUGUCCAUGAAUGUUCUCCAGAUUUCCAAAAGCCCUUAUCCCACUCCGGUGUCUCCCAUGCCUUGCGUGCGACCCUUUCUGAUGGGUCACGUGGUGACUCUGGGAAGUGGACUCAUUCCCAUCCCCAUUCAGCCUCCAAGCCCUGCAGCAGCACUCCCCUCCAUUCAGACCCUCCCUUACAACCACUCGACUCUCUUGGGUCUCCCCUUCUGAGAGGCUGUGAGCUCAGACCACAGGCUGGCUCAGGGCGAAAGGGAAGCCAGUCCUCCAGGGGCCUCCGACCGCCACACCUCAGCCCAUCUCGGGGCUCCUCGUCCCAGGCCGAAGGCGCCGACCCUUGGGAGGAGGAGUGCGAGAGAUCCCCUCAGUGGAAGUCCCUGCGCCAUCGAACCCUUAGGGACCCUGCAAGUGCAGAGAUGGACAGAGACGCCACGGACAUGGGGACCAAAGAAAAGGAGCAGCUAGAAAUGAAGGACUUGGAAGUACGAUGUGAAAAUGAAGUUGUGAAGGACGCAGAGGAAGUCUCUGACGAGAGGGGGACUUCCUGGGCCUUGGACGAGCCACCCAUCGCAUUCAGUGACUCGUGGGGUCUGGCUGGGACAGUCGGAGACAAGGCAACUCGCUUGAGUCUGAGACCGGACAGCAGUGAUUAUGAGUGCGCUUCUCCAGAACACAGGGGACAAAGCAGGACUCCUUCACACACACCCUCUAUUACUGAGCAAGGAGAUACCACCCCACCCAGUUCUGAGGCUCCACCUAACCACAGCUUGCCAGAUCCUGAGGUGUGGGACAGCUGGGAGGAAGAGGAAGAGAUUGAGGAUGGAGCUGCUCUUCCUCUCUCUCAGCGAGUGGGUGCUGUGGCGCUUACAAAGAGAGUGGCUCAGCUGAAAACCCCAGUGGUUUGCAAGAAAAAGAAUCGAGCCCCACUGGAGCCCAUCACACCCAUGCCGGGCUUCUCGGACAUGGACACACCUGAACUCAAGACCAGACUGAACAGGUAUGGCGUGCGUCCCCUUCCGAAGAAACAAAUGGUCUUGAAGCUGAAGGAGAUUCACCAGUACACCCACCAGCUAAUGAGCUCCGAGUCCGAGGAGGAGGCCGAUCCCCUGGCCUGUUCCACAGCCAGGCUCCACAUGACUGCUCCAGCCCAGCAGCCUGCACUGCUCACCUUCAAAAAGCCCACCUCACCCCCUACUGCCUCUCCCAAGAAACUACAGUUUGGUGAUGAUGAGCAGGACACACUCCCUCAGUCUCAGGAUUCCAACACCUCCUCCACAGCUGAGUCGGACAGGUCGAACCCGGAGCUGUGUCGUUCGGAUGACGACGACUCAGACAGUGACAGCAUCACAGCGUCUCAGGCAGCCACCCGUGAGCGGGACCAGCUGGCGGCCACGCGCUCCUUCAUCCUGUCCGACCCGCUCCUGUACAGGCAGGUGCUGCAGUACCAACCACUCUCGCUGGCCUCCCUGAAGGCCGCCCUCCGGACAGCGGGCAUCCGGCUGGGCACCGCCAAGCUCCUGGACUUCCUCGACUCCCAGUGCAUCACCUUUACCACGGCCAAGCCAGGCCACGCUGCCCCCUUGCGCAGGAGAGCCCGUGCCCGAGCACCUGAGCAUGCAGGUGGGAGGGGGAGGAAGAGGCUGGCCAAGCCAGCUGAGUGAGCUGCAUGAGAGGGACCACAGAAGCGGUCUGGGCUUGGGUCUAGGUGUAGCUGGAACUGAAAAAGCUGCAUCUUCAAUCGUUGUCCGUGCUGGAAGGACACGCUGAGGUUUAAUCCUUGUGCCUCAAUCCUGGUCUGAACGGUGUAGUGUUUUUCUUUUCCUGCUCCAACACCCAAUUUAAAUGCACAAAGGGUCUGUUAGAGUUGGCAAUUUGAUUCAGAUGAGCUGCGAACUUCUUCAGCCCAGCACCAAGCCCUAUGUGAGCGGCGUGCCAAAACUGCGAGAGUGAUGGUGCAGCCAGGGCCUGGCUGGGAGCUGCAGCUCCAUCUCCUGCCUCCACAGGGGAUCAGGCACUGGGUUAAAAGAAAAGUUAGCACUGGCAUUUAAGCAAACGUUGCUCAUGUUCACUUGUGUAGAUCCUUUUGUUAAAAUGCAAUUUGAUACCAAAACUAAUUUAAACUUCUCAGUGAAUGUCAAACACUUCAACAAAGCCCUCUGUCCUCUAUAAUGUAGCUUACAGUUUAGUUCAUCUUUCUUUACAACAGCUUCCUGUCUAAUAUUUUGUUUUGUGAUUUGGAGGAAAAGAAAGUGCUCAGUCUUUGGAAAAUGA